CCCUUGAAAUGUCCAGAAAGUAGAAACCCUUGCUAUUAACAAUGGCGGGAUCAUCAUCAAAGGGCAUUGUUGAGGUCAGAGAGGAAGCCAUGGUGUCCCCAACUGGUGGAGAUCCCACUUUUAGAAAAGCCCAUUUCAUUAAACCUUGCACAGACUCCAUUACUGGACCUUUCUCCAACCUCCACUCCCUCUGUCUAUCCUCUUUACCGGCCACUUUUGACCCCAAAAGUUGGGCUAUGAAUGUCAAGUUCAGUGGCUGGACAUACCCACCAAUAAAUUGGACAACUUGGGUGAAAAAUAUGGCUUCUUUGCAUGAGUCGAUUUGGAGGAAAGCUGGUAUUUAUGAACCCAUUAUGAAUUCUACGUACAUCAUACCAAGAACUGAUGAUUUAGUAUUUGGGGUUGCAGAGAGAUGGUUUAAUGAAACUAAAAGGUUCAUCUUUCCUUGGGGUGAGGCCACCAUGACUCUAGAAGAUGUGAUGAUCUUGGGAGGCUACUCUGUUUUAGGGUCCCCAGUUUUCAUAAAGUUGGAAACAGAUGAAUUGAAGGAAACAAAGAAGAAACUUGAGGAAGCAUGGACUUCCAGUGGUGAACAACAACUGCAGUCCGGAUCAUAGAACUAUUGGUUUCAAUGAAAAGGAAAGAGAUGGAAAUAGCUAUAAUCUGAUGCAAAGUUCAGACCUUGAAGCUCCAGUUGGCAAGCUGGAAAGACUGUUUGCUAAGCUUAAAGCAGCAAAAUCCGACCAAAAGUAUCUGUGAAGUGGUUACCACCCGCCUGGGUACCCACCUGUGUUAGCCUGUUUUUUGUUUCAUGUUGAUUAAUGCAUAAACAAGUUGAUCACACCUGCUACAAGAUUCUGUGUAAAGGUUAGCCAAAGAAAAAGCUUUUUGUAAUGAAACAUUAAUUUACAA